AGCCAAUUCUCAUAAACCACAUUACGAAUUAAUAAGCAGCUGUGCGUGCAUGAUGCAUGAUGAUGAAGAAUAUACAAUUAAUUUCGUCGCUAAACCUUACCACAACGUCAAUUCCACAUCGUCAUCAGACGACGAAUCACCCACACCACCCAAACGCAGUCGUACCGUCGCUAUCAUCGUCAUCUUAACUCUCUUCACCGUCAUCAUCGGAACAAUCCUCACGUCCACCGUCUUCAACAACCAUCCCAACCAAGAAAAUCAGUCAGUCAAAGAAUCAACGUCGAUAAAAGCCGUAUGCUCCGUCACUAAGAAUCCAGAGUUAUGUUACACCGACAUUUCGUCGGUAGAUCCCGACAACUACAUAGUCCCAGAAAUGAUUUUUAAGCUAACGUUACAAUUAACCUUAAAUUCGUUAGCAAACAUUUCUUCCUUACCUAAAAUCUUGCUCUCAAAAACGACGACAGAUUUAGCGACGAGGUCUGCGGUCAGAGAUUGUGUUGUAUUAUUUGAAGAUGCGGUUAGUCAACUAGUGAAAUGUGUUGAGGUGAUGCGCGUAGACCCACGCGCGGAAAGGAAGAAAGGUAAGCGCGUGGGGUUGUUGGAUGAAGGGAAAGUGAAGGAUAUGAUGACGUGGGUAAGUGGUGCGAUGACGGAUCAAGAAACAUGUGUAGAUGGGUUAGAAGAAAUGGGAUCGAUGUACGUUGAAGAAGUGAAAAUGAAGAUUGGGAGAUCUAGUGAAAUGUUGAGUAAUUGUUUGGCUAUUCUUAAUAACAUGGAUAAUAUAUUUGGUAAAUUUGGGCUAACUUUGCAUUGAGAUGACAAUAUUGAUCCAUGGCUUACGUGGCGAGUUAACGAGUUUUAUUACCGAGGUGAAGGUACGAAUUUCAGCUAUGUGGAAUUAACAUAUAGUUAUUAUUAUUUAUUAGGUCUAGGCUCCAUAUAGUGUACGUUGGGCCAGCUAGCAGUGACUUUUUCGUCAUUAGAUCAAUCCGGAUAGAGUUAUAGCCUUCGGAUCUGUGUUCCGUUCAACGUAACAUUUGCAUCGAGAUAACUGGGAAUAUUUUAAUGAUGUUCAUGGAUGUAUUAAUGUGAAACUGGAUGUAAUGUAAUGAGGUUUGUGUUUUGUAAUUAUUGUUAUGUUACAUGGUUAGCAUGCAGUGUUGUUUGUAUGACUUAAUUGGUGUAAUUAAAUGAAAAGUAUACACAUGUUGGGGAUAUAAAUCUAGGGAGAGUUGUAAAAAGGUAAUGCCCCGAAAUUUUUGUACCAAGACUAAUUAUCUAAGUAA